AUGCCUUAUAAAGACAAAGACUCAGAAGCUGGUGAUAUCAGGCCUAUGAACCGCAAGGUACUGCUCAGAAGCUUAUGCUUCUACUCUCCGCCACCAGAUGGUCACCAGCCUCGCUAUAUGGAGACAAACCUCACUCAACCCGGAGCUGGCCAACGGAACUACGAUCACUACAGAAAGAUUGUGCCUAUCUACGACAUCCGCAAUCGGGAAUCAUCGUUCGACGUUGCGAAGAACUCUUUCACUCCUCUUCCAAACGCGUUCCAUAUCAGCAAGGCGAUCUCGUUCGACGAUGAGGAUGAUGUUCGAGCUCGUUACCUUCCCGAAGUUGAGAACAUAAUCUUUGAGAAUGUAAAAGGAUCCCAGAAGGUUCUACCCUACGAUGUCGUUAUAAGGAAAGCUUCGAGCGUCAAGGUUGCUCAUCGACAGGUCAACAAGCUCCACGUAGACCAAUCCCCAAGAGGAGCGUACAAACGGGCUACAAAACAUUUCCCCAAGGCAGAUUCGGACGCAAUCAUCAAAGGUAACCUGCGCCUCCGUAUCAUCAACCUCUGGAAGCCUAUAUACAACAUAGUACACGACCACCCCCUUGUGUUCGCCGACCACAGGUCCCUGAAGCCGGGAGACAUGAUUCCAGUGGAGCAGGCAUACCCAGACUACGUGGGGGAGACUUACUGCGGGAAGUACAGACCUGGGCAGCAGUUCUGGUACUGGAGCGAUAUGAGGACGGAAGAUGUUCUGCUGUUGCAGUGCUUCGAUAGUCAAAGGACAGCUGAUGUGGAUGGAGGUCUUGAGCAUGUGCAAUGCUUGCACGGGUCCUUUGAGCUUGAUACCGACGGCCUUGAGCCCUGCGAUAGAGCUAGUGUUGAGGUGCGUUGUCUUGUGCUUGGCUGA